AGUAUGUCUAAAAUCAUGAAAUGUGCUGGUAAUGAUGACAGUAUCACAAUAAAGGCAGCUGAUGAAGCUGAUACGGUGUCCCUUGUUUUUGAGUCUCCUAGUAAGUUAUAGUAAAUUAUCUUUCAUCUUGUAAUAUAAUUUUAAUGCUUUUAUUUUGAUAUAUUAAAAAUUCUUUUAUCUUCUCACAUUUUUUAAUGCUUUUUUUUUAAACAGAUCAAGAGAAGGUAUCAGACUAUGAGAUGAAGUUAAUAGAUCUGGACACUGAGCAUUUGGGGAUUCCUGUACGUUUUUAGAAAAGAAUUUUACGAAAGAUUAAUUAUAUUAUCUAACUAGAAAUAUAUUUUCUAAGUUUGUAAACUCAUUGAUUUUAAUGAUCUAAUGAAGUAGCAAUCUUUUCUUUAAAAAAUCAGUUUUUUUUUGUAGGACACAGAAUACAGUUGCGUAGUUAAAAUGCCAAGUGCUGAGUUCCAGCGCAUCUGUCGUGAUUUAAGUCAGUUGGGUGAUUCAGUUGUCAUAGCGUGCACAAAGGAAGGCGUUAAGUUUUCAGCCAGUGGUGAACUUGGAACAGGUUUGUAAAUAAUUUGUAGCUCUGAGACAAGAGAGUUGCAUUAAGAAAGAACUUUUUUUUAUUAUUAUUACCGGGUACUGGUUUAAACUACGGUAUUUGAAGAAAUUACCUUAGCUGUCUUGAGUUUAAAUUGUUAUAAUUGUUAAGUUAAUAAAAGUUGUUUUGGUUAAAAUGUGUAUUUAUUUAUGUGUUGACUAUUAAAUAUAUAUAUUUGUAAUCAAAAGACAUUUGUUUAUUUUGAUCUUUAAAGAGUCUUAUUAAAAAAUUAUUUUGGUACCGGUACUUAAAAACAUUUUUUUAAUAAAUAUAUAUAUAUUAGGGGUGUGCCGGACCCCGGUCCGGAAUCCGGUUCCGCCGGAUUUUGCACUAUCCGGUGAAAUCCGGUUCCGCCGGAUUUACAUGUAUCCGGAACAACCGGAUUCCGGAAUAUACCGGAUUUCGGAAUUUGCCAGAUUUUGUAACUCACCGGAUCAUAAUCUGAAAUAAAAGUAAUUCUCUUUCCCGAAUUUCACACGAUCACGAUACAUUAAUCGAUUGUUUCGAGCGUUGAGCUUGUUUAUUAAACGCUAGAGUCAGCACCGCUAAUAGUGGCCAAUAGUGUAGGGACUUUGAUAAGAAAAUGUAAACUUUUUGUAAAAAUAAACCAAUGGCAUAGUUGAAAAGAUGUAAUUUUUUAAAGAAUUAUAACACCAAAAUCAUAUUUUUAGCUGUUGUAGUUUUAAAGUUAUGAAUUUUUAAAGUACGACUUGGUUUGUCAUUUUUUAACAUGGACUGCAUCUCCACAUUCUGUGAUCUCAUUCCACCAAUCCCGUCAUGCGCAAUGACUAUAUAGUUUAUAUAAGGCAACGCAUUCCCUGCCUUAUCACUAAAAUACUGUUUAGACUUAGUUUAAACUUUCAACUUUGGCACAUGAAUAAUUAAUUAAAGCUUUCCCUGACCAAUGGUUUAAUAGUUUUUGCACACGGCAAACUCUUAUGAAUGAAACUCUGAGGUAGUACUACGAUACAGUUAUGCAAGUGGCUGUGAAUGGUUGCCAAUGACAACGUGUUGCACACGGUAAAUUCUGAUCAUUUAUAAUAUGGAUUCUACCGGGUUGUUAAAGCUCAAAUUAAAACAUUCCUGUUUAAAUGUCUUUAAAUGCAUUCUGAAACACAAAGUUAUCAAUUAUUUUGAUGUAAAUAGUGAUAAUAAAUUAAUAUUUCCUAAGUAUCGUCAACUUCCGCCAUUAAAAAGGGGGGCGUGGCCAACCCCAUGGCGAAAUUAGGUUGAGCGAGCUGCAUAACCUGCUGCGAACGCGUAGAAACAUGGCGUCUCUCGUAAGACACUUAUCCAAAUGGAACGGAACUCAAAUAUAUAUCGAAAGUACUAAUUUAAUAAUAAAUAGACACACACAUCGGAAAAUUAAAAAUUCGGAUUUUUUGGCGCCGAUUGCGAAUUCCCAUACACAAAAAGUAGUAGUCCACCUUGACUUACCGAAGUAUCUACCAAUAGUACCGGAAUCCGGAUCCGGCGGAUUUCGCAUAAGAAAAUCCGGAUCCGGUUGGAAAAAACGGAUCCGGCACACCCCUAAUAUAUAUAUAUAUAUUUAAAGUAGGCCUAUUUGCCAUCCCGCAAUAUCAAUGCAUUUUAGGACACCAAUAAGUAAUGCUUUUUCCUUCAAAGGGCCAAGCACAUCCAUUCCAUAGAAAGGAAAAUAGUUGUUUUGUUUUUUUUACCGGUAAAUAACAAUUUGAUUUCGGUUUUCAGGAAAUAUCAAGCUAUGUCAGAAUGCCAGCACUGAUAAAGAAGAGGAGGCUGUGAUUGUAGAUAUGAAUGAGGCGGUUUGUUUAACCUUUGCUCUCCGCUACCUUAAUUUUUUCACCAAAGCAACACCCCUCUCUGGACAAGUUUCACUAUCCAUGUCUCAGGAUGUUCCACUUGGUAUGGAUACUAAUUUUAUUUUUACCAUUGUUUUAGAUUCCCUGAAAAAAUUGUAUUUUAAAAGCAAGUAAGAUGGAAGCUUCUAGUAAUUUGGUGAUCUUGCAAAUUUAGGACAUUUAAAUAUUUAUUUAUGGUGCUCUUGAAAUUAUUGCCUUUUAUACUUGGGUCCCAUGUACAUAUUCUUUGUAAUAUGUAGGUUUCCAUUUCUUCUUAUAAAUUUAUUUUAUUGAUGGUUAUACAUUCAGAUUUUCUUAUUUCAAAUUGUUUGGGUGUUGAGUAUAGUUUUUUUUCUGAUUGUGUCUUUGAAAAUAGAACAUUUAAAUUGCUUGAUCUUUCUGCAUUAUAUAGGCACUUUAGUUGGAACCAAUCCUCAUUUACCAUAUCCAUAAAUGAGACAGUACCUAUUUUAGUAGCUUCAUUUUCAAUAGUUUACCCGGUCUUGGAAGAUCAGUCUAGAAUUCCACUCUUUAAAAUCAUCAAAAGAAUACAAAUUUCUGCUUAUUUAUAGAAUGAUUUAUAUGAUUUGGUAAUUACCCUGUCCAUCAUUCCUUAUUUUAGUUAGUGCAUAACAGGUUUAUCCUUUAAUCUUAUUAUGGAAACAUUAGUUACCAUGGCAAGCCAACAACUGCAAUGUAGCUCAUUAAUCUUUCUUUUUUUAUUUGUCAAACACUGUGGUUUUCCUGUUAGAUAAAGAUUUGGGACCAUUACAUUUUUAAAAAAUUGCGUUCUAAGGUUGGGAACUUAAUUUUAUAAUGUUAUUUUCUUCAAUGAUUUAUUAUUCUUUUUCAGUUGUUGAGUACAAGAUAGCCGAUCUUGGAUAUCUUCGCUUCUACCUUGCACCUAAAAUAGAGGAUCAAGAGGCUGAAUAAAUAUAUAAUCUUGCUCUUACAUAUUUCAUUACAUAUUGUUCGCCAUUGCACUUCAUCUUACAUCAAGUGAAAAUUCAUUUCUUAUUGCUAUAUAUCACUCAUGAGAUAUUAUUUUGCCAGUGUAUAUAUAAUUUGGAAAAUAAAUAUGUUUUAUUGGUUUUUUUUUUAGCUGUUAAGUGAUAAUAAAAAUGUUUGACUGUCAUUCACUGUC